UCAUCCGAACAGUACUGCUUAUCGUCAACGGUGUAGCACGAUUUCGAUCCGUUGUUCAAAAUGAAGAAAUCAUUUUGUUUAUUAGUAGUAAUUAAUUUUUUGAUGUUCUACGGAUUUACACCGGUUAUCGCAGAGCCUGGUGAAACAUUGGUACUACUGGAUAAUCUGGCUAUACGUGAAACACACUCUAUUUUCUUCAAGAGCCUGCAAGAACGAGGAUACAAGUUAACUUUCAAGCUCGCGGAUGAUGCCAAUCUGGUGCUGUCGAAAUAUGGAGAAUUUUUGUACAAACAUUUGAUUCUAUUCGCUCCGUCGGUGGAAGAAUUCGGCGGAUCGCUGAGUGUCGAAGCUAUUACAGAUUUCGUGGACAAUGGAGGCAAUGUGCUGGUGGCUGGCAGUUCAAGUGCCGGCGAUGCUUUACGUGAGCUGGCUUCCGAGUGUGGUUUUGAGGUGGACGAGGAAAAUGCUGCUGUGAUCGAUCACUUGAAUUACGAUAAUUCGGACAAUGGAGACCACACGUUGAUAGUCGCUUCACCGGAUAAUCUGAUCGAUUCCGAGAUUGUGGUUGGAAAGAAAGGAGUAGGGCCAUUGUUGUACCGGGGAACCGGAUUGCUAGCCGAUAAGGAAAACCCGCUGGUUUUACAGCUACUGACGGCCGAUAGCAGCGCUUACAGUUACAACCCGGAUACUCCGAUCAAAGAAUAUCCGCAUGCUGUUGGAAAGGGAACACUGCUCAUUGCAGCCCUUCAGGCUCGUAACAAUGCUCGAGUGGUUUUCUCUGGUUCGUUAUAUUUCUUCUCCGACGAAGCUUUCCUGUCACCGGUUCAGCGUGGUCAGGAUAGUAAAUUGCAUCAGAAAUCUGGCAAUCAAGACGUGGCCACUGCUGUUAGUAAGUGGGUCUUUGGUGAAAAUGGUGUCAUUCGUGUUCGAUCCGUUCAACAUCACAAGGAAGGAGAAAUCAAUCCACCGUCGUCAUACACCAUUACCGAGCCGGUCGUUUACACAAUCGAAAUUGAAACUCUCGCCGUAGAUGGCAAAUGGAAACCAUUCCAGGCCAACGACGUCCAGCUGGAGUUUGUACGUAUCGAUCCGUUCGUUCGAACAACGCUGAAAUCCAUCGGUGGAGGACGCUAUCAGGCCAAGUUUAAGAUUCCGGAUGUUUACGGCGUGUAUCAGUUCAAGGUUAACUACGACCGUGUCGGUUACACGCAACUGUACUCAACGACACAGGUUUCCGUUCGCCCGUUAACCCACACUCAGUACGAACGGUUCAUUCCUAGUGCCUAUCCGUACUACGUAAGCGCUUUCUCGAUGAUGGUCGGCGUCUUUCUGUUCUCGUUUGUCUUUUUGCACUACAAGGAGGAUGGUGCUGUGGCCACUAAACCUGGAAAGUCGGGUGGCGAUAAGAAGUCUCAGUAGGAAUUUGAUGAUCAAUUGUUUGAUCAGUAAAUUAGUAAGGAUCCAAGAGAAUAAAAAUCAAUGACUGAUAUAAAAAA